UACUAUAAAUACAUUGGGAUAUUAAGCAUAACAGAUCAUCGAUCCUAGCUAGCUAGCUUUACAAAGUAACUAAGUAUAAAGCAUGAGCACAUUCGGCGUGCCCAUCACCGACGAGACGCUGGAGGCGAUGUCGCGGUACGCCGGGAAGAGCAUCAGCCAGGUGGACCGCGCGCGGGAGGCGAUGCGCCUCAUCCACGCCGAGGGCAAGAACCUGGACGCGCUGCAGCACGCGCUGGGGCUCAAGGCCUCCUACGGCGACGGCGUCUCCGCCAUGGUGCUCGUCUACAACGCCACCGGCGCCGCGCUGGAGCUCGUCGACGGGGAGGGCGGGUCGAUGGACUGGUACGGCUACGUCUACCACGAGCAGCCGCCGGCGUCGUUCCAGAACGGCCAGUGGCUGGCGUUCCUCCACGCCCACCCGACGGCGCAGUCGAUCGGCUGCGAGGCGGCGCGCGUCUUCCGCGGCCGCGACGUCGACGGCCAGGUCCGGGACUUCAUGGUCGCAUGGUCCCUUCCUUGGAGCGCCACGCAGAACUCUGCUUACACCGAGGUACGUGAGAAAGAUCACUUCCCAAAUUACUGGGGUUACAUCAAAGAAGAGAAACUGGAAAAGGCCGGCAAAAUCUGCACAGACCAAACCGACAAGAACUGUGCAUCAACCGUCAGCGUUGGUGGCUGCACCUCCAGCGAAUUCAUCGCGGUUCUGCAGCACAAGUUUGGCCCUCUCCCAGAGGAGUGACAAGGGAAAUAGAAAUAUAAUAAUAAUCAUCGUCUGCAUGCAUGGAGUCACGAUAAUAUUGUUAACUUUCAAGAAUUCUGUGUAUGAUCGAUCAAGUAUCUUUUUUUUUAUUAUCUCUUAAUAAUUCGUGCAUGCGCACGCGUACGUGUGCAUAGAACAUCUAUUUAUUAAGAGACUUUGGUUUCUUAGUUAUGGAUGUAACAAUUAGUUUCCAGCAAAUAAAAGGGACAUUUAUCUAUCAAAAUUAA